UGACAUGAAGCAGGAAGUGUUCAGUCACACUCAGACGGUGCCGAUUGUGCAGCCGGCCGCUACUUCUCUCUGUCGUCCUGAACUCCAACAGAGAUCACCUGCUGAAGAUCUCACCUCACCCCCAACCCCCCGUUGUACCGACACAUGGACGCAGUGGCAUUCAGACAACAUGGGCUCGAGAGUGAGACAAAAUCCUGAGCGAGCGUUCAACGUGUUCUUUGAGGCAACAUGUCCUAUCGCCAGCGAAAAAGAUCCAGUCGUACGUCUUCAGUUUCCAGAUGACUUCAGAGAUGAGGAGUCUUGUCAAACGUUAUCCAGGUUCUGUUUCCCAUACGACAUGCAAGGGGUAAGGGAGGAAACGGCUGUGCAGCACUUUACUUUUGUUCUGACUGAUAUUGAGGGAUGCCAACGCUUUGGCUUCUGUCGUGUCAACAACAGUUCUCAGAUGUGCCUUUGCAUACUCAGUUACCUUCCCUGGUUUGAGGUCUUUUAUAAAUUUCUCAAUACCCUAGCUGACUGCAUCACUAAGGACCAGAUCGAUGAGAUGAAAGUGAUGCUCGCAACACUCUACAAGCAACCCAUUCCUCUGACAGCUGGAUCUAUCACACUGCAGAUGGCUCCAUACUUCAUUGCUCCUGAUCCGAUAGGUCUGCCGUCUAUCCCCGAAAAUGUGAGUAUUUGCGAUCAAACCUGGCGCCUCAAGUUUUACUUGCUGUGUUUGCAUUUAUGUGUGUUUGUGUCUGUACACCAGAGGAAUUUGACAGAGCUGGUCGUGGCAGUAGAUGUGACGAACCUCCUGCAGCUCUACGCCAGCAUGUUGUUUGAGAGACGCAUCCUCAUAUUUGCUCGCAAACUCAACACUCUGACAUCUUGUGUACACGCACUCGGAGCUCUGUUAUACCCAAUGCACUGGCAACACAUCUUCAUCCCAGUUCUGCCACCUCACCUUCUUGACUAUUGCUGUGCACCUAUGCCGUACCUUAUUGGGGUUCAUAGCAGUCUAGCCGAGAAGGUGAGGAGUCGAGGCUUGGAAGAAGUUGUCAUUUUGAAUGUGGAUACAAACACAUUGGAAACCCCUUUCAAUGACCUGAAGAAGAUACCUUCCGAUGUGGUGUCUGGACUAAAAGUAUGUUUGAAGCGUCAGGUGGUUUCUGCUGGUUGUGGGGUCUCACGGGCCUUUCUCAAGGCCCAGUCUGUCCUCUUUGGAGGAUACAAGGAUGCUCUGCAGAAUCAUAAGGGGGGUGAGGUAUCCUUCAGUAAUGAUGUGUUUCUAGACCACAAAUCUGCCAGUAUGAGGGGAUUUCUUCAGAGUGCCAUUCAUUUACAGUUUUUCAAACAGUUUAUUGAUGGACGUCUGGACAUCCUGAACACAGGGAAAGUGCCACAGGACCUCUUUGAAGAGGAAAUUCUUCAAUGUGAAACGACAGGAAAGAGUAAAUCUUAUCUACAGAUAGUUGGUAAUUUAAAGAGAGGGGGAGGUGCGCUGAUCCUCAACAUCAAGUCCAAAACAAAUAAUGCAAAAGGCCUCACAAGUUCUGGUUUGAAAAGCAGGUUGAAACAUAAGGCCUUCAGUCAAACACAGACCCUUCAGAGAGGCGGAUCUUUGUCACAUCGUGCUCAGUCUGACUGCCUGCAGAAUCGUCUGCCAAUCACACAACACUUUGGAAUGUCACGUCCUCGUCGGCCCAGUAACAAACUUGGCGUCACACAAGGCCAGGGAGCUAAGGCAGCUGGAGAUGCAUGGAGCGGGGCAAUGCCUGGGCAAGGGGCCAUGCCUGACUCUGAGUUUAAAACGGAUGAAGAGAAGGAGGAAGAGGAACUGUGUGAUCUAGAGGAAAUGGAUCUUCUAAGCGAGAUCUUUGACACCCUCAGCAUUCGCAGCUCACAUGACAGGGGCCUGUUAUACGGCACACGCAGCCUGGAUCUUUUUGGACCAGACAGCCAUGACUAUAUUACAAAGCUUGGUCGAGUUAAUCCCAGCCAGGAGAGCCUCUCUCUGUGCACGAGUGGCAGUGGCAGCCUUAACAGCUGGAAACUGGAACAGUCAGAGAACGUGCAAACGCUGACUGGCACCUCGGAUGGGCUGAGCUUUGAUGCAUAUGCGACUGUCAAGGAUACGUCAGCAUUUGUAACCGAGCAAGAAAAGAUCCUGAGAGGCGUCGGAGAUCAACAGUUGAAAAGGAAGGAAGCAAUAGAUGUGAACCACAAAGUAGAAAUCCAUAGCAGAAAUAGUUCAAAGGAAGUGACGACUGAGCCAGAAAGGACAGUGACUUCAAAACGGAAUCCUGUGGAGGAAACAGCUGAGCGACACGAGGACAAAGACUUGGAAAAGACAGAAGAUGGUCUAAAUCCAGGGGAGAGUGAGAAGCAAUGUCGCGAAAACAAAACGGAUGAAGUACAGAAGGAUGUAACAGAAGAGAGAAGUGGAAUGCUCAUGAUGAAAAGUGCAGAAGUGGGCUUCCAUUCUCAUGAGUCCAGAGAAGGCUUCCUUGAGAAGUCAAGGAAUAACGACUUGGCCGAGAGUGACAGAGCAGGUAACAGCAGUGAUAUUGUUCAAACAUAUCAGUCGUAUAAUUCAAGGACCCAUUCAGAUGCUAACAGCACCAGCGAGAACGAGCAAGGAGGCCCAACUCCUCUCAAGGUAUCAGAACUCAAAAAGAUGUUUGAAUCUCAAUGGAGCAGCCACACUGGCUGAUUGGGAGCCAGUGAACUUUGAACUGAGCCAGGAACUUUGGUUCUGCCCCCCCUCCCCCACCCCCCGCAAAAAAUGUCCACAUAUCUUUUGACAAAGUUUGGAUCAUGACUAAGAAAGUAAGCAAUAGUGUUCACAUAUUCUUUAUUUACGUACACAUUAUUUUUACGUACAAAAUUCAACAGAAUAAAAGUGCAUCAUAGUUAUCGCCAGUGUCAAUCACUAUCCUUCAUGCAUAAUACAUAAUUUAUCUGUAUAUUUAUAUAGACUAAACAAUGCAGAGUGCAGUAAAAACGAACAAACCUCAAUUCAAAUACAAAGCCAAGUUCAGUUCAAAUUUCUCUUUGUCAUGGAGCCAAACUGGUGACAUAUUUGAUGACCUAUUUAAUCCAAUAAGUGAAUCAAAAGGGGAAAAAAGUGUCUGGUGUGUCAGAAUGUAUCAAGAAUGUAUCUGGUGUGUCAAGAAUGGAUAAUCACCACAAGUGCGUGGGGGUAUUCAUCCACACGGUUGAUAAAGGGGUCAGUGGGGAAGUUGCAACAUAAUGUGGAGUAAAUCAUAUGAGGCGUUCUUCUUUGGGCAAAGGGAAAGGCAGGCCGUUCUUUUCGGAUCCACCUGCUGCGGCCGGUUUCCUUUCUUCUGCGCUGGGGCGGUAGGUUCCCUCCAUUCUUCUCUUCUUUAUGACGCACAGCAGAAGAAGCAGAGUCAAGCCAAGGAACAGAACCACGGUGGAGAACAGUGCCGACACCGUGAGUGGGAAGAAUGCGCGCAUUGUCAUGGUGAGGUACAGCUGUAAAAAGGAGAUGAAAAUGGCAAAUAUUUUCAACCUCAACUUACAUAGAGAUAUCGUAUUCUCACCGUGUACUCAUAUGCACUUAUUUAUUGAUUUCUCCUUAAUUUAUCCAGAUGACGUAUUUUUCCAAUGAAAAACAAACCAUUAAUGUGUAAUCUCAUCUUGUUACACUUGCAUUUGGGGCUAAGUAUUGCCAAAAACCUCACGAUAGAAUGCGUAAUCACGAUUCAGGGGUCAUGAUGCUGAACAUGUGGAGCCCGAAACUUGGCAUUCACGGCGAUACGUAUCCUGGUAUUUUAGAUUACUUUGCAUACAUUUUUGAUGAAAAUAGUAAUGUAUAUACAAAUAAUACUUUGUGCUGAAUGGUAAACAUUUUCUUCUUCUACUGUUAGCUGCUGACUGUUUCGGUUAAGAGUCAGUGCCGUGCCUGCUCGAAAGCAAAAAUUAGCCUUCAGAGAUGCCUCCGUAUCGUAUAGAAGCCUACAACGACAUCUUCCCGUGUCGAUUUUUCUUUUCACACACCCCUACUUGCAUUUUACUUAUUUAUUGUCUUUUUGAGGCAGCACCUGGCAACGAACAAGCUUAAUGAUGACUGAAUGGAAAUUACUGCAAUGUAGGAAAGGUUCUGGCUCCACCAGGCAUAUGUGCAAACUGUACAAUGACUAAAAUACCGAAUACAUACAAAGGUUGCUUGACUAUGUGUCCCAGUGAAUGACAGGUGACCAGUCUAGGGUGUACCCCGGCUGGUGCCUGAAGUCAGGUGGGAGAGCCUCCAGCUCACCUGCAACCCUGAUGAAAACAAGUGAAAUAGAAAAUAGAUGGGCGAAUUGAGAUUUAAAAAAAAAUGUUCAUACACAAUUCCGUUUUCUGUGUUUAAUGGUAUGACAAAUGAAGGAUGUUAAAAUAUGACCCAAAAAAGUGUGUAUAGUUAAAGAUUUUGUGGGGGCGACAGUGUAAUGCUGGAACAAAUCAAAACAAUGUUUUUUAAUAUUCAUUUCUGACUUGAGGGUAAUGUCUCGGGAUAUAGAAAACAAAAUCAUUCUACAUGUUUUAACGGGUGAAUUGUUUUGUUUAGCAUCCAUGGCUUGUUACAUAUUAAACUCAUAGUAUCACAUCACA